AGCUAAUGGCUGACUGCGAUAAGCCUGGGGAAGGCGCGAGGUGACCAGAGCCUCACUUCUGACAGGAGCAGUGAAAAAUGUGGAACCUUGCUGCCACUCCCCCAACACUGCUGUCCAGUGACAGUGAUUAAAUGUAUAUACUGCUUGUCAUGAGACAGAGUGGGGACCAGGCUGGGGUAUAAGCAAGUUCUUAAAGUAGUGUGAAGAUGUCCCUCCUUCUGAAGCCAUCUAAGAAACUGGCCUAUAUUGCCAAACUUGUUGCAGUGAGUUCCGUUGGGUGAUGCCUGCUCCUCAGCACAGUACCUGUUUGUGUAUGCAGACUACAGCAGGGCCAGGGAGAAGAAAACCCAAUUCCUGCUAUCACUGCUGCCAGAUGCCACUGUGAUGCCACCGUAAAGGGUUUCAGCUGAUACAAGUCAAGGUUAAUCACAGAAACAGUUGAAGUGUACAAUCUAAUAUGGCACAGAAAAGCCACUGCUGAUUGGUGACCUUGCAGAGUGGCUCGUUAACCCAGCUAGUUUCUUAUAAGUCUGACCAGUGCUGUUUGGUUCAGCCUCAGGUAUAAGCCUUGACCUUACCAAAGACCCAGGAUGUGGCUACUGAAUUGGAAGGUGAUGGAAAAUUUUCCACUGCUUAUGUACAUUUUAGCAGCUAAAACGCUGAUCCUUUGCUUAGCGUUUGCUGGUGCAAAAAUAUACCAGAGGAAAAGGCUUGAAGCAAAAAUGAAAAAAGAACAGGAGGAGAAACAGAAAGGGGAAGCUGAGAAGAAACAGAACUGAGGAGUCUUAAGAGACUUUUGGCAGUUUGCUUGGAUUCCUUUUCUGGGAGAGUUGAUGACUUCAGUGAAACACAAAGCUUUGCCGGAGGAAUGAAGUUUCAAGAGCAACAUUCACUUAAAUAACAUGUUGAAUUUUUUUUGUAUAUUUAAUAAGAACAUUCUGUUGGCUAUUUGUACAAUAAA